AUGCUCGCUACACUGGACCAGCUUCCGCUCGAGAUUCUGCACUUAUUUGUCAGUUAUUUGCGCGCCGACCAUGAGCAACAAGAGCCCGACCAGCCGUCCUGGUACUCGUUGCGUCUUCAGCCGCUGCUCUCGCUGUGCCUGGUCUCCAAGCAAUUGUGUGCCACUAUCCAGCCAAUUUUAUACCAUGAGUUCAUGCCAGGCUAUGGCGGCUCCUGGCGGUCCCGCCUUUACUCCUGGGACCGCCGACUGGUGUCAUUCAUCCGCACGGUCGCGCAACGACGAGAUCUGGCUGCCUGUGUGAAGCAUGUUUAUCUCCACCCAUAUCUCCUGAAUCCGUUGGAGGACUAUCGCGAGGAUGGGGAGCGCGCGGUCCUUGGAGGGCACGUGGCUUGUGUGAUGGAUUAUCCUAAGGUCCCAGUGCUCCCUAAGUGGCACCAAACUGAGGUGAGGGAAAUCAAAGACGUGAUCCAAGAGGCAGGAAAGGCGUUGCGAAUCAAGAGACAAACGCUGAAUCAACUAUCUGCUUCCGAUUUGUUCUCCCUCUUGAUCGCGGAACUGCCUAAUCUACAACAUUGCAGCAUUGACAUUGGCAAUGGCCGCUUGAAGUCGACAAUUACCCUGUCACUCCACGCUGCUGCGAAUCGCAUAAAUCUCCUUAGCCUUGAGCGGCGGGUGCGUGCUCUUCUCGAAGCCUCCCCUAAUGUGGAAACACUUAACAUACACAUGUGCAGUGAGACAUGGCAUCGGUCACCAUUCCCUUCCUUAAGAAGCCUAAAACAUCUUCAUAUCACAUUCAGCCGCCUUAGUGAACAGGCUCUCAAAGCACUACUUUACUCGUCCAACAGUCUACGCAGCUUCACCUACGAAGCCGGCGGCCGUCCUUUUGACGGCCGUCACGAGCUUGGGGAUGGCAGAGAUCAUUUUCGGCUGAUUCAUGCGAUGAACUAUCUCAAGCGCCACUGCGGGACUCUCGAGUCGUUACAUCUCGAUCUCCGGAGGCGCGGCAACUGCCCAGAUGGUUCUGAUCCGCGCGCCGUGUUCAGCUUCCAACAAUUUAGGGCCUUAAAGCACUUGUUUGUCAACUUGGACGAAUUCCACACUAGGUUCUGGGGUGGAUCAGACGAGGCUCAACUCCUGGUCAAUCUUCUUCCUCCAGGCAUCGAGUCGCUACACCUUGCUGGCCAUAUUGGAGAUGAGCUUCGUCGCCUAGAAAAAAGCUUAAUUGGCCUGGCGGAGGCUUCCUCGCAAGGUAGAUUUCCAACACUCAAGGAGGUAAGAUGGUCGAAAAAUGAGGAGCUGCACCACGAGCUUGAUAUACGCACUGCCUUCGCCUCCACUGGUGUGGACUUUGAUUACGACCAUUGGCCGGCCAUGAAAUCUACGCUCGGCGACGGUGACUACUCACCAUACCCGAACUACUCAGACCCGGGCGCACUGCCUGACAUAUCGGAUUCUGAUCUUUAG